CGGCUGCGGGGGCGGCGGCAGCAGCAGCGCCAUGUCCUGGUACCGCAACACCGUGUGGUUCGUGAAGGGGCUGCGGGAGUACACGAGAGGUGGUUACGAGUCUGCUUCCAAGCGCUUCAACCCAGCUGAUGUGGAGGUGGAUAUGGCUGGAAGAUCCUUCCUGGUCACUGGAGCAAACAGUGGCAUUGGCAAGGCCACAGCCAAGGAGAUAGCGAGGAGAGGUGGCACGGUUCAUCUGGUUUGCCGAAAUAAGGAACGGGCUGAAGUUGCCAAAGAGGAAAUAGUGACAGAAACGGGCAAUCAGAAUAUCUUCUUGCAUAUUGUGGAUAUAUCUAAUCCCAAGGAAAUAUGGAAGUUUGCUGAAAAAUUCCGAAAUGAACAUAAAUUAAAUGUGUUGAUCAACAAUGCGGGAUGUAUGGUGAAUAACAGAGAGUUAACUGAAGAUGGACUUGAAAAAAACUUUGCAACAAACACUUUGGGUACAUAUAUCAUGACAACUGCCCUGGUGCCCCUCCUGGAAAAAGCAGCUGAUGCCAGAGUGAUCACUGUCUCUUCUGGGGGCAUGCUAGUUCAAAAACUAAACGUAUCUGACUUGCAGUCGGAAAGCGGGUCAUUUGAUGGAACCAUGGUGUAUGCACAGAACAAGAGACAGCAAGUUGUCCUGACAGAACAGUGGGCAAAGGCUCACAGAAAUAUCCAUUUCUCAGUGAUGCACCCCGGCUGGGCAGACACCCCAGCUGUGAGAUCAGCCAUGCCGGAUUUCUAUGAGAGGAUGAAGAACUCUCUGCGCACGGAGGCCCAGGGAGCCGACACCGUCCUGUGGUUGGCGGUGUCAGCUGAAGCAACAAAGCUGCCCAGUGGCUUGUUCUUCCAAGACAGGCAACCAGUCCCUACACACUUACCCCUAGCAUACACCCACAGUCCACCAGAGGAUGAAGAGAAGCUAAUGGAGGUGCUGGAAGAGUUCUCCCAGAAGUUUAAAUCUGCUUCUCCAGGAAUUUAGGGUCUCUGCUGACACUGUGUCACCACAAAUUUUCUAAUUACACAGUAAUCUGCUGUUGAGGGGAAGUAGGAUGCCAUAGGCCUGUUAAAAAUGAAUUAGGUUCAGGUGUUCUCGUAAUGAGGUGGUAGAGUGGCACCUGUGUAAUUUUCCUCUGCUGCCAAGUCUCUCCCAUUGUGAAUAUGCAGCUGCUGCCUGAAGACACACUAAGGUUGUGUUCUUUGGAUUGGAAGAAAAAUUGAGAAAACACUGAGCACAGAGAAAUGCAGAGGAGUGUACUUUCAGUAGCCUUUGUGAAGGACUUCAGGAAAGAACAGGGAAUGUUUUACACAACUUUUAACUGCUGUAUUGGACAGGUUGGUGGCUUCCUUCACUGCAUGAGGGUGAUUGGGCUCAAGCAUGUAACUGGGAAUGCAUAAAGUCUCUUGCAGAGCCUGCUUAGUUUAAAGGGUAGGAUUCCUCACAGCCUUUAGUUUCUAUAAAUUAGUGCUGGUAUGCAGAAGUGAUCUGCUUCCUCAUGUUUAAACAGCAAGAAUUUGGGAACACUGCCAAAUGCCUUCCACAUUACUUUAUGGAGCCAGGGCUAAAUAUUAUCCCAUUUAUGUCAAAAUACCAUGAAGUAGGAGGUUUCAACACAACACACCCAGACAUGGCUGGAUCCAGCAGAGAAAUGGCUGCAUGACUGUAGGCACAAAAAGAAACAACGUGCUAAGGUGUAUCUGCUUGCCAUUUCUGUGAGAGAUUAAAGGGAAUUGUUUUAUCAUUGUGAAUGGAUUAAGAGGGCAAGGGAGCACUGGUGUGGCACAGGUUUUAGAGGAGAAUGUACCUCCUGAUGAGAGGCUUGUAUUUUGUCUGGGUGUGUUUACUUCCAGACACAGAGGACAGGAUUCAUCCUGCCUGAUCUGUGGACAUUUGAAUUACUCACAGAGUUUCUCACUGUAAAUCGGUAGAGGGGAAAAUGGGCUUUUUCACAGGGAUUUACUGGAUCCAGUUUGAGAAGCACCACCUACAGUGCUGAAUCUUUCUAAGAGUGCUGAAGACAAUCAGCUCAGACUAAGACUUUCUGGUGGGACUCAUUUUGUCUUAAUUAUUUCAGAUCUACUGCAAAGCCAAGACUAUUAUUAACAAAGGUAACACCUUUUCUCCUGAACUGAGUGUGUUUAUUAACCAGCUGCCUCCAGAACCAGCCAAGUUGUUGCAGUGUUUCACGUGUGCCUCACACCAGUGUGGUAAGACCAGGGACCUAAACACAAAUAUAACACAGAUGUUCCUGAGCUCUCUGCAGUGACUGGCAGCUAAAGACUGGUGAUGGACAGAGGAGAGCUCUUUCUGUCUUGCUUUAUGUAAUUUAGUUUCCUCCUGGCUGAUGGUAUUUCCUCAUUAUUCAAAGAUCUCCUAUUAAGUAUCAGUUUAAGAAAAAUCUGCUUUUUUCAGCCUAUUGUCAAUCUCCCUAGAAGUAAAGACUUUACUGUCAGAGAUGCCCUGACAAAAAUUUUCCCAUGAUAAGCAGUGCUGAGACAAGUCCGGCUGUCACAGCUCCUCCUGAAGAGGCUGGGUCAGCGUUCAAGUUAUUGCCUCAUUUAUAAACUUAACUCCUUCUUGUCCUACAGUGAAAGAAAACAACAGCAAGGCUUGUACAGAGGUUUAUUUCCUGCAAAUUUGGUAUUAACAUUUUCUAUGGUUUCAGCUGUUAAAUACAGUUACCCAAAACGAGAGCAUGGCUGGAAGCAUGUAUAGUAACUACAUCUCUUAACCCAAUAGCUGCAAGGCUAAUAAAAACAUUUGCAUUAUUUAGUAUUUACAUCAGUUUGCUUCUCAGCUCUGCAGUACAGAAGAAAAGUUUAAUGACUGGUAUUUAAAUAGUUCAUAAAAGUACAAAUUGUGCACUAUAUAUGUAUAUAUUUAACACAUUUUAGUUCACAUUCUACACUAGUGUAUUUGAAUAGCCUAUAUUUUUCAUUUUUUGUCACAGCUUAAAAAUUAAGCCAGUGAAGAAACUGCUUUAAUCAAAGUUUGGUCACAGUGUCUAAGAGCAACAUGCUAUGGUUUAAGAGCACUUCUGAUUUAAAAAGAACUAAACAACAGGAACAGCAAGUAGAAACUAAGUCCAGAGUGUCACACACUUUGGUAUUAUGGUCCUGCUGAUGCUUUAUUUCAGCCUGAUUCCACGAGAGCAAACAUGGCAUGUGGCUGCAAGCCAGUGAGAGGAUCUGUCUAAUGCAGAGUGACUUGCAACUUCAUGUAAGUGAAUACAUUUACACACUCACAGAUUAUGCUGGGUCAGAAGGGAUCCACAAGGAUCAUGGUGUCCAACUCCUGGCCCUGCACAGGACACCCCAAGAGUCACACCAGGUGCUGAGAGCACUGUCCAAAUGCUUCUUGAACUCUGUCAGGCUGCUGCUGUGAUCACUUCCCAGGGGAGCUGUUCCAGUGCCCAGCCACCCUCUGGGUCAAGAACCUUUUCCUGAUAUCCAACCUAAACCUCCCCUGGCACAACUUAAGGCCAUUCCUUUGGGCCCUGUCACUGGUCACCCCAGAGAAGAGAUCAGUGCCUGCCCCUCCUCUUCCCCUCACAAGGAAGUUGUAGACUGUGAUUAGGUUUCCCCUCACUCUCCUCUUCCACUUUAAAACUUCAUGAACAAAAUAAAAACAGCAUCCAGUGACAGAUGAGCAGAAGAUGAAGGUGGCACAGGUCCUUGUUAAGCAGUGCACACUGGGAGUCUGAGAGCACAUCUGGUUCUUGGGAAUGGAAUGACAAGCACAGCAGCUGCUCUUGGCACCCUUUCCAGUCCAGGCACAGCCCCACACUUCUUGUGGCAGCUUUGAGGCUUUUAUGACUCUGACCUCACUCUGAUAGCUUCAUAUUUUUCUUCAUUUUGUGAAGUCAGCUACUUGGGAAGUUUUUGCUCUCAGGGAUCUUGCAGAGGAAUGUAGCACCACAGAGCACAUGUGGAGUUGAUCAUUACCCUACAUCCUAAUGGAAAGGCACAGCCCAUCAUUAGUGCAGCAGGGUGGUUAUGCAGGGACCACUGCAACUUCUCUUUUUGUCUUGGAUGAAAGUUUUAGGAGGUCAAUGUAACAGGUAUCAAACAAUUUUGUAAACUGCAUUUUGUCUUUAGUUUUAAUUUCUGGGUCGUCUUUAUUCAUUGUUUAAAAAAACUCAAUAAACUAAAUCAACCUGCUGUUGAUUAAAGUUGUAAAAAAUUGUUUGUUGUUUGCCUUUGAAUGGGGGCACUCCCAUAAAUACCUCACAAUUUUGGAGUGAACUGCCAAUACCAAUUGUUGGCAUUUGCAGUAACACACACUCCAGCUUCUGUGUUCUACUCAGUGGGAACAAGGUAUGAGCAGGGCCACCCCUUUCCCUUCCUGUUAAAACAGGGCUCAAGUGGGAUUUUGAAUAUGCACUGCGUGGACUCCAAGGGAGUUCUGCUAUAUCCUUCAUUAUAGCCUGAUAAGUCAGUCCUGCAAACCUCAAUGGAAAUAAAUUUAUUUGGUGGGGGGAUAAUCCCAGCCAUUUCAAUUGUCAGUACAAGCACUAGUUUGUAUUUUUGUAAUGACAAAGUCUUUCUAAAAGCUAUGGCACUUGAAGCAGUACUAGUUUUCCUCAAUUUGGUGAGUGAAGAGUCAACAUGGAGUUAGUCCUUCAGGGAACAACCUGCUCGAACAGUGGAGGAGGGCAGCUAUGAAGCAGUUCAAAUCUGUGAGUUGCUCUGUGUGUUACUCUCUCACCCUCCCUGCAAAAAUAAAGCACCCCAUCUCAUGACACUGGGUCAUACUUAUCUAAAACUAGUGCUGGUCAACAUCUACAGUCAUUUUAGACUGGCAGUUUCCACUCUGGCAGAGCACAGCUUUGCAUCUUCCCUAGCUCAGCUCACAGUAUUUCUUGUUUGUGUAAAGUUCCAUCUCUUGCUUUGUUAGGAGAGGCAAUUCUGGGCACAUUGCAGCACAGCCAGCAACUGAUUACACGAGAUAAUUUUAAAAUGCAACUAAGAUGACUUACUUAAAAAAUCUGUAUUCCUGCAGUCUCCCAGAAAGCACUGAUCUGGAUAAUGAGAGAAAGGCUUUGAAAAGGCACCAAAUCUGAUAGGAAGGAAGUGCAAAAAACCCACUUCUGGGACUAAAAGUGAUCAAAUCCAAGAACUUCAGUUUGUGCAGUAGGGCAGUAUUUAUGUUCCUCUCUCUAGAGGGAGCCAUCAGAUAAAGAAAAAUUAUGUAUUCCUCUGAAGGAAGUGUGUUUUCUAUCAAAACAAAAGCUAAUGCUCAGCUUUAUGAAGGGGGCACGGUGUCAGCCUGGCCAAAGAUCUUCAGCAGGACAGGUUUCUGCCCUGCUGCCAGGAGAUACAACUCAAACCUUUGCUGUACCAGCAGUGCCAUUUCCCACAUAAAAAUAUUGUCCAAACAGGGGAAGGGAAGAGUGGUAAAACCUGCACUUGUGCAAACCUCAGGGAGAGAGGUCCCAGGAAGUGCCAUUUUCUUUGAUGGUUAAAAAUCUUGAGCAUCUUCCCUCCCUUUACUUUUCAGUUUAGAGUCCACGAUCCACAGGGAGCCUUGGAGUAAUGCACAAAAUCAUGCAAUUCCUCUGCUGCCCAGACACCAUUUCCUUUGGGCUGCUCACCCAGCCAGGCACUCAGGGUAAGAAUUUGUCCAGGCAAAAGACAUGUCCAUACAACAGCUGUCAGUUUUAUGACAAUUCACAAACAGGCA